AUGACAGUGGCCACGUCGAACGGCAGCAGAAUACAGCCAUCUGAACCUGGUGUUAAGUGCAUGGUACCUGAGAGUCCGCCAUCCAGAACACUUGCAAUACCCUCGUCAGAAGACGAUGCCGAACUCCGUCUGAAGUAUCGCCCGUUCCUACUCGAGUCCGACUCGUUUCCGGAUUGGGUCAGUGAUCUUGAAUUAUCAUCUGUGCUCGACAUGGCUGAGAAAGACCUAGUGGCCACAGGUAGCCGGUUGAAAGUCCUCGUGCUCUACGGCAGCCUCCGACGUCGAUCGUACUCAAAGCUAGUGGCCUUGGAGGCCUCGCGAAUCCUGUUCCGUCUCGGCUGCGACGUCCGUGUCUUCGACCCUGAAGGCCUUCCCAUGAAAAACGAUGUCGAUCACUCGCACCCAAAAGUCCAGGAACUCCGAGCGCUGAGCGUGUGGAGCGACGGACACGUGUGGAUCUCACCAGAGCAGCAUGGGAAUCUGACUGCCGUCUUCAAAAACCAAAUUGACUGGAUACCUCUUAGCACAGGAUCCAUCAGGCCAACUCAAGGCCGCACCCUCGCAAUUGGACAGGUUUGCGGCGGGUCGCAGUCCUUUAAUGCAGUGAACUCACUGCGCAUCCUUGGUCGCUGGAUGCGUAUGUUCACAAUCACGAACCAGUCGUCUAUCCCAAUGGCAUAUACGCAUUUCCCUGACGAGGGCCAAGCAGGGGACCAACGACUAAAACCGAGUUCAAAUCGCGAUCGAUUGGUCGAUUGUAUGGAGGAAUUUGUCAAAUACACGGUUCUUAUGAGGCCACAUCUCGAGACUUUCGGUGAUCGGUUUAGUGAGCGUGAGCAGAGGAGAAUAAAGGAAUCAAGAGUCAAGACUGGAGAGCAAUAA